UUAAUACUUUAUUACCUUUAGAAUAUAUAGACAUCAAGUUCUAUUUUAAGGAAGGUGUCGAUUCUAAAGGAAUUUUAAUAGAUAAUAAUAAAAAUACUAUUAGAUUUACAUAAACUUAAAAUUUCGGAUCAAUCUAAUUCUCAUUUUAAAACCCGACUUUAAAUGUUAAUGACGAACUUAUUCUAUCUAUUGAUAUUUCGGGUCCAAAUAAAGAUUCGUAUAUGAUACCUAAAAAUCCUUUAAAAUUGACAAUAAUACAAAGCACAAUUGAUAAAGAACAGUAAAUAACAUAAUUUGAUAUCUUAACUGAUACAAUAACAGCUUAAGUAACAAUAAAUUGUGCAAAUAAAGGAUAUUUUUUAUAUGGAGUAUCUAUGUAUUAUUCAUCUAAUGCCUAAAAAUGUGCAAUAGAGCAGGUUAAUGUUUAAGCAUAAAAAUUGGAUGAAGAUUUAGCAUCAGACGAAUAAAGUAUAUGCUCUUACUAAUUUGGUUCAGCUCCUUUACUAGAUACAACUUAAGGUAUUCAGAUAAAACUAAGAGGCUUAUAGGUAAAAUAAGAUUAUCGUAUAUUUGGAUUAUGUGAAGAUGAAAAAGGAAGAAUAAAAUACGAUAAUAAACAAUUUUAAACAAAAGAUAAUUCAGGAGUUACAAGAUAAAGAAGAGUUUUGCUAGAUUAAUAUAUUAAUUCUAAUGAUAGUAUUUUAACCCUUAAUUGUGAAGAAACAGAUAUUCCUAUUAAAACUGUUAUAGGUAUGUCCAGUGAAACAUUUUAUUUUGGUAUACCUGAUAUUGUAAAUAUUUACCCUUUAAGUGUUAUUUAAGAUAACCCACCCUCAGCUUAAAGUAUUAAUCCAGUAUUAUACAGAGGUUAAACCUGGGCAUUUUUAGAUAUUCCUUAACUUACUACAACUUCAUAAAAAUAAAAAUCCUAAAUUCCUGAACCAGAUGGUGAUAUUGAAGAAUACAUGGAAGUACUUUUAGAACAUUAAAAAAAUUGUGAAAAAUCAGGAAAAUAUGUUGAAGCUGAAUUAGCUAAAAGAAGAUUAUAAGAGUUAAAACUAGAAUUCGAAAGGAGAUCAAAAGACGAAACGAAAUAACGUCAUUUGAAUGAGAAAUAGGAAAUUGAAAAGGCUCAUUUAAAUGAAUAUAAUGAAUUCAAUGAGUUUUGGGAUAGAAAAAUGCUUGAAUUUAAUUAAGAAGCUGAAAAAGUUGAAAAAGAAACUAUCGAAAGACAUUAAGAAGAAAUGAAUAAAUUUUAAGAAGAAAUAGAAUAACAAAUAACAUAAAAACCAAAAGAUACUCCUGAAUUAUUACAUUUAAGAAAAAUGGAAGAAUAACUAGCUAAAUAAUAAGAAUAUAUGGAAGCUCAUUAAAUUCAACAAAGAAUAUUUACUAUUGAAAAAGAAGAGUUUGAAAAAUGGAAUUAUUAAAGAUAAAUUAAACUAAAAAAUUUAAUGCAACAUUUAAGAUUAAGAUAAUAAAAUGAAAUAUCAGCAUUAAGAUAAAGAAUUAUUUCUGGUUAAGAUGAAUAAAAAAAAAUUAGGAACUAAGAACUUGAAAAGUUGACUUAAAAAUAAAUCUGUUCUAUUUCUCAAUCAUUUAAUUUCAAAUAAGAAAUUUAAUAAAUAAGAAGGUCUUUAUUUUAUCAUCCUUGUAGCACAUUUGCAUUAGAAACAUAAGAAAAAAUUAUAAAAAAUUAGAACAUUAUUAAUGUUUUAAAUACAAAUGAUAAUACCAAAUUUAGAAAUGUUGCAAUAAUAGCACACGUAGAUCAUGGAAAAACAACUUUAGUAGAUACACUUUUAAAAUAAUCAGGCUUAGAAAAUUAGAAAUCUAUGGAUAGUAAUGCACUUGAAUAAGAAAAAGGAAUCACAAUUCUUUCUAAAGUUACAGGAAUUACUUAUAAAGAUUAUAAAAUCAAUAUUGUAGAUACACCUGGUCAUUAGGAUUUCGGAGGUGAAGUAGAACGUAUUAUGUAGAUGGUUGAUGGAGUUAUUUUGUUAAUAUGUGCAACUGAAGGACCAAUGACUUAAACCAAAUUCGUACUAAAAAAAGCUUUAAAGUAAAAAUUGAAACCUAUUGUUAUUAUAAAUAAAGUAGAUCGUCCAACUGCAAGAUGUAAAGAUGUUGAAAAUGAAAUAUUAGAUUUAUUUAUAGAAAUGGACAUUCCUGAAGAAGAUUUAGAUUAUCCAGUUUAUUAUGCAUCAGGAAGAGAUGGUUGGGCUGUGGACAAUCUAAAUAAUAUAAAAAGUGAUAAUAAAAAAGACGUUUCCUGCAUUUUAGAUGCUAUAGUUAAUUAUGUACUACCGCCUAAAUAAACAAAAGAAGGAGAUUUCCAACUGCUUAUUUCUUAAACAGAAAGUAACAUAUACCAUGGAAAGUUGGUAAUUGGGAAGAUAAAUUCAGGAGUUUUAAAUGUUGGCGAUAAAUUAGAUUCAUAUGAUAGAGAUGGUAAAUUAAUUGAAAGUAAUAAAGUUAUGAAAAUAAUACGAAGAUACGGAUAGAAACAAGUAAUUAUUUUUUUUAAUUUUAAUAAAUUAACUAAAAGAUGGAAAUAUAAACAGCUUAUGCAGGUGAUAUUGUUUCUAUUGCUGGAUUCUCCAAUUCAACAGUUUCAUAUACUUUAAACAAACAAGGAAAUAAAGGAUCGAUUCCCAGUAUUCCUAUAGAUCCUCCAAUUAUUGGUGUUGCAAUAUCUCCUAACACAUCUCCUUUAGCAGGAAAAGAAGGAGUAAAAUUAACUUUCAACUAAUUAAGAUAAAGACUUUAAGAAGAAAGUGAAAACGAUGUUGCCUUAAGAGUUUAAGGUAUUUUUAAAAAUAAAAAAUAUAAUAAAAUCAAUUAAUUAAGGUUUGGGCUAAAAAGAUGGAGCGAAUUUAGUUGUAGAAGGAAGGGGAGAUUUACAUUUAGGUGUUUUAUUCGAAAAUAUGCGUAGAGAAGGAUUUGAAAUGAGUUUAACUCCUCCCUAAAUUAUAUAUAAAUAAGUAGGAAACAAAACCUUUGAACCAGUAGAAAAAGUCAAAAUUGAGACUAGUCCUAUUUAUUCUUCCAUAAUUAUUGAAAAACUAGGACUUAGAAAAGGAGUAUAUGAAAAUUGUGAAGAAAUAACUGCCGAUUUACAUAGAUUAACUUUUCUUGCACCAACUAGAGGCUUGAUUGGCUUUAGAACUGAGCUUAUGAACGACACUAAGGGAACUGCUGUUAUGGAAUCAUUUUUCCAUGAAUAUUAAGAACAUAAAGGAACAUUAAAAAAAAAUACUAAAGGAGCUUUAAUAUGUACUACUGAUGGUUUAUGUACUGCUUAUGCAGUUAAAGCUUGUGAAAAAUUCGGAUAAUUAUUUGUUAUUCCUGGAAGUUAAGUUUACGCAGGAAUGGUUAUUGGAGAAAAUUAGAAGGAAUCAGAUGUAGAAUUAAAUCCAACUAAAAAAAAAGAACUCACUAAUGUUAGAAGUAAGUAACAUGAAGAAAAAAUUUUGCUUUAACCUGCUAGACAAUUCAGUAUUGAAGAAGCUAUUUCGUAUAUUAGAGAUGAUGAAAUUGUAGAAGUUACACCUAAAAAUCUUAGAAUUAGAAAGAAAGAACUUGACCCUAAUGUAAGAGCUAAAUUUAUUAGAGAUCAAAAAUCCAAAAGGCAAAGCUGACAUUAAAAAUAAUAAGCAAUAAACAAAUAAAUUUUAAUUAAAUUUAUAAAUAUAUUUGUAUGAAAAAAAUAAAU